AACAUUUUGAGCCGGUAUGAAAUCGGCAGAAUGCUUGGUAAGGGUGGAUUUGGCUCUGUUUAUGAAGGGAAACGCUUGGAGGAUGGCCUUGAGGUGGCAGUGAAAAUUGCCAGAAAGCCGCAGAACAUGAAAUACAUCUACAUUCCUGGUCAUCCCGCACCCUUGCCAUUAGAGGUCGGCCUAUUAAUCCUUGCUAAUAGGGGCCCUAAAGUUUCAGAGAUCAUUGAGCUGCUGGACUGGCAGGACCAGCCUGACCAAUAUAUUAUGGUCUUAGAGCGUCCCUCACCUUGUAAAGAUCUGUGGCGUUUUUGGACUUGUCACAGAGGCAUCCUAAAUGAGGACACAGCACGAUUUAUUUUGGCGCAGACAACAAUGGCUGCUCAUAUGUGCUGUCGCCGUGGAGUGUUUCACCGUGAUAUUAAGCUGGAGAACCUGCUAAUCAACACAGAUACGCUUGAGGUCAAACUAAUUGACUUCGGGUGUGGGGAUCUCCUGCAGGAAUCUGGCUAUGAAAGAUUCCGUGGCACUCUAAACUACCGCCCACCUGAGUACUGCACAGAGGGCAAGUACCACGGUAAACCAGCUACUGUGUGGUCUCUGGGAGUGCUCUUAUUCCUGUUGGUGUGUGGACGCUUUCCAGAACCUAGAGACAGGCAGAUGAUUGAUGAUGACAUCUGGUCUGAGCCUGGCUUGUCAAACGAAUGCUGCCUCCUGAUUCGAUCCCUCCUGAAGGAUAGCCCACGGGAACGGAUUUGUUUGAGGAAAAUCCUUCAACAUGAAUGGUUUAAGGUCACAGAAUAAGACAUUAAGAGGAAUGUCAGAAUUCCUCUCUUGGCCACCCCAGAAGUUUCUGUGAAAGCUGCUUCUGCCACGGCGCUCUCCAAAGGAUCCUGCACUGGAUGUCACAGAAUUUUCAGUCUUUGGCUGCUUCCUCCUAUUCUUGUAUAAUGGCUUAUUGUUCAUCAACUAUUAUUGUUCAAUAAAUAAUAUUUUAUAUAAAUAAUAUUGGUGUACCUGAUCUUGAGAAAUGGUCUGUGUGUUAUUGGUGGGGAUUUUUCAGCAGUUUCAUUGCAGGUUACAUUGACUUGACUUAUGAAGCAUGGUU